CCCCCAGUGUACUUUAGGACUGUGUUUAUACUUUGACUUAUGAUUUAUCUUAUGGUCAACUGGUGCACCUGGCAGCAGCUCUUUUUCCAAACCCGUGGUUCAUAUAGUCUAUACAACACGAAAAGCACUGAAAUGGAGGCAGGAUCCACUGUGAGUGCUGUGAGGAGCUUAAAGGUUUUGAUUGGGGAUGAGGUUCGACCUGCACUCAUCACCAUAAAGGAAGGGAAGAUUCAUAACAUCCUGCCUGAUCCAGGUGCUGGUACAGGUGGAGAGGUGAGCUGAGAUUACAGUAUGUGUGAGAAAAUACCACCCUGUGGUAGACAAGAGGUACUACAGAUUCCUGACAAAAUGUGCUGGAUGUGGGCAACAAUGUGGUGAUGCCAGGUUUAGUGGACUGUCAUGUUCAUGUUAAUGAACCGGGCCGUACCACUUGGGAAGGCUACUGGACUGCAACACGAGCAGCAGCAGCAGGAGGAGUGACUACUAUCGUAGACAUGCCCCUCAACAGCAUACCACCAACUACAAGUCUUGUGAACUUCCGUGAAAAGUUACAAGCUGCCUCUGGACAGUGUUUUGUGGACACAGCAUUCUGGGGAGGUGUUGUCCCUGGAAACCAGCUUGAGCUGAGGCCCAUGGUGCGGGCCGGAGUGGCUGGAUUUAAGUGCUUUCUUAUCCACAGUGGUGUUGACGAAUUUCCUCAUGUGAGCGAGAAGGACCUGCAUGCUGCAAUGAAACAACUCCAGGGCACACAAAGUGUUUUACUGUUUCAUGCAGAGCAGGAGGUCCAUCUACCUAUGGCAGAGGAUGGGGAUCCAUGUGAGUACUCAACGUUUCUGAGGUCCAGACCUGAUGUCAUGGAGCUGGAAGCCAUUCGGACCGUUACACAAUUCUGCCUGCAGUACCAAGUUCGAUGCCACAUUGUGCACCUGUCCUCAGCUGAGUCUCUGGGGCUGAUCCGAGCAGCUCAACAGGCUGGAGCUCCAUUAACAGUGGAGACGACACACCACUAUCUCACCCUGAACUCAGAGAACAUCCCAUUAUGUGCCACACAGUUCAAGUGCUGUCCUCCCAUUCGGGACAAAGCCAACCAGGAGCAGCUGUGGUCUGCACUAAGAGCUGGUGAAAUAGAUAUGGUUGUAUCUGAUCACUCUCCCUGCACCCCCGACCUGAAGCGCUUGGACAGUGGGGAUUUCAUCCAGGCAUGGGGCGGCAUUUCUUCUCUGCAGUUCGGUUUGCCUCUGUUUUGGACCUCAGCUUGUAAGAGAGGUUUUGCUUUUCCUGAUGUAGUAAAACUCUUGAGCGAAGAACCUGCACGUCUCUGUCGCCUUGACAACCAAAAAGGUAGUCUCGUGCCAGGUCACGAUGCAGACUUAGUCAUCUGGGAUCCAGAGAAGGAAUUUACAGUAAACGAGGAAAACAUAUUUCACAAAAAUAAACUAACUCCAUAUCUUGGCUUGACCUUAUGUGGGGAGGUAAAGGGGACCAUAGUUCGGGGGAAACUUGUGUAUUUCAAUGGCUCCCUUAGCCCUCAGCCACUGGGACAGAGCUUACUCAUAAAUCAAACCCUAAACCUAGCUUCCUUGUAAACCUCCCUCACUUCAACUAAUGCAUAUCCCAAGAUUUCUUCAGUCUUUCCUACAUUUUUUGGAGUAUUUCUCUGGGGGCAUGUCUUAGGGGUUAACAUGUUUGCCUCGCACCUCUGGGGUCGGGGGCUCGAUUCCCACCUCUGGAAAAAAUGGAUGGAUGGAUUUCUUUCUCUUCAUGGAUGCUCAAAGAAUGUGGGGCUUAAGGGCCUGUAAAGCCCACUGUGACAUGAUUGUGAUUUUGGGCUGUGUAAAUAAAUUUGAUUUACUUAAA